GAACAAGUUACCAUUAAUAUAGCGUAUAGGUAUUUUUAUUAGACCAUUUAAAUUAGUAGAUUAAUCAAUCCUCAAUUCGAACCCCACAAGGGCAUUAAUUCCCAGCAUAGGAUAGGAUUAAGGAGUAUUAACUCUUAACCACUCUCACUCUUUUUAUUCCUUCCGUCAUGCCACCACCUCCAGACGAUGCCCCCAUUUGCUGCUUCGCCGACGAAGAUUCUUCCUCCGAUGGUAAACAUUGCCCGCAUUGCCGCAAAUCGGAUCCUUCCUCCUCCUCCACUUCCUAUUUCGACCCGAUUUCCGAAACUAAUUCGGAUAAGUUUAAGCGGAUUAUCUCUGCAUCCAUUAAAGGUUUUGUUAUUGGAGCUGGAUUAAAGGGUGGUGUUUCUAUUUUCUCUCUCCUUGCUCGAUUAAGUCGCCGGAAAUCCUCCAAAUCUAUCAAGAAAGUGGGUGAUGUUUCUAGUAGUGAAGAGAUUUUAUCAGUGGUUACAGAAACCUUGCGUUACGGUCUUUUUCUUGGUACUUUUGCCGGUACUUUUUCUUCUGUUGAUGAGAUUGUUGCUGCUUUUGGUGGUCAUCGUAGGACUUCGAAAUGGAGGGUGUUAUUGGCAGGUGCAAUUGCUGGGCCUUCUAUGCUAUUAACAGGAUUAAAUACACAACACAAUAGCUUGGCUAUAUAUAUCUUCAUGCGAGCAGCUGUGUUGGCAUCUCGGUGUGGUAUUAAGAGCAAGCGAUUUGGUCGCAUUUGCAAACCUUUGACUUGGGCUCAUGGAGAUAUCUUCCUCAUGUGUCUUUCCUCCUCCCAAAUUCUAUCGGCCUACAUAUUGAAGCAAGAAUCUUUACCUUCAUCAUACAAGUCGUUCCUCAAUAAACACGGUGGAAAGGAUAUCUCCAUUCUGCAGGGUGUAAAAGAUAUUGCGAGUGGAUUGCCCUUUUCUAAUCUAGGGGUAAUAGAGAAGUAUUACAAAUCAAUUGGUAUGAACAUCAAAUUAGAUCCUGAAAUGAAAGUCCCCUGCUCGUUUGUGCAUGGGAAUCAAUCAUGUGAGGCGCAUUUCCUCACGUUUCUUGUCGAAGCUUAUAAAAGAGCAGUACCAGUGUAUCUUCCAGUAUAUUUGGUUCCUGCACUGAUAGUUCAUCGUCAAGACCUAUUGAAAAGACCUUACUCCAUUGUGGGAAAGAGUGUUUUUGGUAUAGCGCGUUCUAGCUUGUUCCUGUCGACAUAUUGUGCUUCAGCCUGGAUGUGGACAUGCAUUCUUUUUAGGAUUUUCAAGAGAUGCACCAUACCGAUGGUGGUAUUGGGGACGUUUCCACCUGGCCUUGCAUUAGCCAUUGAGAAGAAGAGCAGACGGAUCGAAAUAUCACUCUAUUGCCUAGCUCGUGCAAUUGAGAGUUUCUUCACUUGCAUGGCUGACAUUGGAUAUUUACCUCAAUCACUAAUGAAUAUCAAGAGAGCUGAUGUGGUUGUUUUCAGCUUAUCAACAGCUAUAAUUAUGCACUGUUAUUCUCAGGAGAGGGAAGUUUUUAAAUCGAAGUACCUAAACGUUCUUGAUUGGGUCUUUGGUGUGCCAUGCCCACCUUGCUACACGCCUCGCUAUAAAAACAAGUAGAAGAAUUCGUACAUAUGAGGCAUCAGGUGAGUGAUUUUUCACCCACAAGUUGUCUGCCCAAGUUUACAGCUUACCAAAGAACAAUCUUUAGAACAGUUGGGUAAUAGGGCAAUGUUGUUGGUUCAAGUUAUACUAGCAAUGAUUUGUAAGUUGUAACCGUCAUUCGAGUGUCAGGCACCUCAAUUUUUUUUUUAUUUUGAUUCGGGUAGGUACAAUAUCUUAGAGGUUACACGCAAGAGGAAAGAGAGAAUUAAUAUUUCUUUAGUUAGUUACCAACCUAUAAUUAUAAAUAUUGCUUAUUGACUAUAAUUGUCGGAAAAUAUUGUAAUUAAAUUUCUCAAAAAUAGGAGUAUACAAAUAUAUCAAUGGAAGGUUGCAAAGGCAAA